UCAAACCUUCAAUUUCAAGCACUGAUGCCUGCAUUAAAGGGAAAAAGGAAGCAACUCACAAGUAUAGAAGCCAAUGAGUCACGUAUGGUUACAAUGGUUCGUUGGGUUGUCGAAGCUGUACAUGGUGUAAUAAGCCAAAAGUAUAAACUUCUGCAUAAUCAGUUCGAUAACAAGAUGAUUCCCAACGCAGCUCUAUAUUGUAAGAUAGCGGGUUUUUUGAUAAACACAUUUGGAAAGAGAUACGUUUCCGAAGUUUCAAGUAAAAACGAAAUAAUUGCACAAAUCAACAAAAUAAAAAGUUUAGAGAAUACGUUGCUUCAAGAAUGUGAAGAAAAUAGAUGGGGUAGGCGGAAAACUUUAUUUCAACCACUCCAGUCCAAUGAUGUUUUAGAUUUCCCCGAAAUGACAGAACAAGAUUUAAUAACUUUCUUCACAGGUACAUAUCAACUGAAACAAUCAAUUUCAUAUUUGGCCGAGUUAAUUACUGAAGAUAAUAAAGUGGAUCUACAGUUCUUGAAAGAAACUGCAGACAUAAUUAAAAUUCAAGUUCGUUCGAGACAUAUAAAGGCUAAAACAUACAACUGUUACAUUCACUAUCAGCCUCAUUCAAUUGGUACCAGUGGAAUCAAACGCCAUUAUUGCGAUUGCUCAAAUGGUGCCAGAACAAUAGGAUGUUGCUCACAUGUAGCCGCUAUCAUCUACUACUUAUCAAAUGCAAGAUAUCUAGCUAAAAUUGUAAAUCCAGCAAAAAUACUAACAAACAUAUUUGAUUCCAAUGUUAUACCUGUUAUAAAUGAAGACAGUGAUGAAGAUUGAAUGCAAAAACGAUAUUAAACUAUUGCAACAGGGCCAUUUCGCUCCCUACAAAAAAUAUAAAUUACGAGGUCAAACAAUUAUUUCGACGUAACUCUCCAAUGCUCAAUCAAUAGUGUCCAAAUAGUGUUCCGUCAUCAUCUAGUAUAACAUAGAACAAUGUCCAAGUGGCUUGGUCCCGGCUAGGAUUUGUAACAGUUUCUAGCAUCGGCGUCGACUGUAUAUUCAAUUUAUGUAUUAUAAUAUUAUGUAUAUUGUUGCACUUAUGUAAAUAACUUCAAUAAAUAUCUUUUUUAAAAUACUGUUAUAACUAAUACGUACUAUUAAGUGGGUUCUAUAAUAUUAUUAUAGAAUGUAUUCAUUAUGUAUAUCGUUUAUAAAUAUACAGGGUGUUUCAUUAAUAAUUAGAAAUAUUUUAAUAGUAGAUUCUUGGGCUCAAAAGAUUAAGAUCCAAUAACCAAAUACCCAAAUCACUUAAAUAAAAUGUGGCUAGUUACAAGGUGUUUUAUUAAUCAAUUAAAAAAUUAUAUUUGUACCCAGUACUUUAAGAUUGUUUGACAUAUCCUUGUCAUAUUUGGCAGCAAGUGUAGGUACUAUACACCCUACUAAAUUAUGUUAAACAAAUGUUUCAGGCUACUACCAGAGGCGUACGACAGGGGAGAAUGAUUGGUUGACCCUUCCUAAAUUCUACGUCACUGGCGGAAUUGCUAUUUUAGUGCAAUUUUUCGAUUCUCCAAUACUUUGUAUGAAAAUAAUAUAUUCUUAAUUCGUAACGAUAAAAUCGUUAGUUUUCGAGAUAUCUGAAGUUAAAAUGAAACGCAGAGUUUUUUUGAGUAAUGCAUUAUAUCCCUUCGGUUUUAACUUCAAAAAUCUCUUAAACUAAUGAUUUUAUCGUUAAGAAUGAAGAAUAUAUUAUUUACAUAGAAGGUAUUGAACAAUCUAAAAAUUAUGCUAAAUGCGCAAAAUUUUUUUUCUGAUUUUUAAUACUGGAUUUUCUUCAAAAAAUACCCGAAAAAAGCGAAAAAAUGCGGUUUUUCAUUUCUAAAGGUA